AUGUAUUCCUGUUGGCACCGUGAAACAUAUGACCUGAUAUUCGACGGCAUAACGAAGCUAGAAGUUGUAUUGAGCUUUGAGCGAAGGCUGGAAGGAGAUAUAACAGAAUUGCUGGAGCCCAUGAAGUUUCUGAAGGCUGGAAGGAGAUAUAACAGAAUUGCUGGAGCCCAUGAAGUUUCUGUUAGUCUAGCCAAAAGAUGGUUUUGUGCAUUAAGUGGAGACAAAAGUUCCUGGAAACUUGUCGACUUAGUGUCU